GAAAAUAUAAACAAACCGUUCUGAACCAGUUCUGAACGACACACACAUGAGACCCCUGACAAUAGAUAAGAAAUUUAUAAAUAAUUUGAUAUUUCGGCUCGAUAUCGCACACUCUGUCAUCAUGUGUAGUGCGGCUGAGCUUAGCAAAUUGCACACAUCCAAAAUUUCAAGUGAUGAUGGUAAAAUGUUUAACUACUUGGUUCAUGAGAACGAUGCUGGUCUUUUAACCAUUUAUUUACACUCGACGGAAGAUAAUGCAUUUUCUUACAAGGCGGAGGUGACCCCAGAUAUGUUAUCCAUCUUAACUCAGCAAAGUGAAGAACCAGCAGCUUUAGCCAGAAAUCUGCUUUUUGCCAGAGAGCCCAGCAUUGUUUGGUGUGUUGAGACCAGCAGAGCAGAUGCCAAAGUAACAUGGAAGAGGAGCCUGGCUGAGGGAAUGAGGCUAAAACUGGGAUCAAUUACUUUGGUUGCACACCCCUCUGCAUCCUCAGAUAUGCUCUCUAUCUGCUCUGCAACCCUGCAGGAGGAGACAGCCAAAACAAAGGUGGCUCAGAGUAAAUGUGACACUCUGGAGAAAGAGAACAGCCAGCUGCGCCGGCUGGCCGAGGAAGCGGUCAAAGCCCGCGAGCUGCUGGAGGCAGACCUGAUCUCCAAGUUUGCCCGGCUGCUGAACGAGAAGAAGUGCAAGAUCCGCGCGCUACAGGAGCUGCUAGAUGAGCGGCGCGCAGAGGAUAUGAAUGGAGCGGGCGGAGUCGGUGACGCCGUGCCCGUGUCCCCGGAGCCGACACGGUCGGACGAGGACGCCGACAGGCCGGGCAGCGGCGACAGCGACGCCUACGACCAGGACACGGACGUGGACAGCGGCGCAGAGGGGGCGGAGGAGGCCGGGCCGUCCUCCCGAGCUGCCGCUCCGUCCUCCCGAGCCGCGCCGCCGCCGGCCGACGACAGUCUGGAGCUCGACGGUGAUGCACUGGAUGACCCGCUACCGGUGCGUCCCAAGCGGCCGGCGGCCGAACCAGCCCGACCGCAGCCGCCGCCGGACAAACGGCGGCUGGCCGAGUGUGACGACCUGCUCGACCUGGUGUGACCUCAAUCUCAGGCCGGAGGUCAGGUCACCGGGACGGUGUAAUGGGAGGGGUCACUGGUCAGGGUAAUGGGUAUGGUGUGAAUUCCACCUCUGACCUGGGGUCGUCACUGGGGCGGGUAUUCAGGGAGGGGUUAGGAUAUGGAAUGACCUACAGCCCUACCUUGGAUAUUCAGGUCACCGGGGGCGGGCAUUCAGGGAGAGGUCGUCAGCUAGCGAUGAGGAAGGUAGCUGAUAGUGGCUACCUUUGCAUGCAGUUAUGAUGCGUUAUUGAAAUGUUUGUUUAACGACGUCAUUUUUGUGUCCCGGUGACACCAAGUGGGCGAGCUGAAUUCGAACCUUGUCAGGAUAAAUCCGAAGUCAGAGAGCAGACACACUUUGCUUGCCGUAUACUGUGGUCUGUGAGAUAGGCUAGCAUGACUCAAUUGCAUUGUGAUUGUAAAUCAAUGCUAAGAUAACUCUUAUGCUUGUGCACAGAUAACAGUAGUUACUAGUUAUGUACCACUGUUAUCUGUGGCUUGCGCAUUCAAAUGCCUCUUCUACCAGGAUGCUCCACUUACGAAUGGAGUAGGCAUAUUCCAGUCUCUGUUUGAGGUCGUAGAGAGCAAUGCGGACGCCGUUGUGUUGUGACUGAGGUCGUAAUAUGAACGUCUUUGACGCAACAUCAAUGUCCGAUAUGCGAGAGAAACAUUUGAGAAUCCUAAGAGAGCAUUUUGUCAUUGCCUCUGUGAUAGUCUUGUGUGCUGCCUUUCUAGUCGAAUGCGAUGUUGGAAGCGUGCAUGUCUGACGCCUCCACCACAAUCUACAUAGCUUUGUUCAAGUGUUUGUUGGAUGCUAUAGUGUGCUUAAGGUAUGACGGAUCUGUUGCAUUGUGCGAGUCUGCUGGUAGUCGCCCAGCCAAACUAGCACAGUGUGAUGUGAUUUUCUGCGAUUUCUCUAACUAUUUCAUGCAUAAUCCUGUGAUUGCAUUCACCUUGUACGAGUUAAUUUCAUCAUAGUCAUGUGUUGUUGAUAACUGUAAUACACCAUCGUUUUGCCGA